AUGUCGGGAAUGCCUCGGGUGGACACGGCCGUGCUAGGAACCAGCAUCGUCGGCAUGGCCGACCAGAUCAUGCAGGGCGUCCGCGACAACCGCGACCACCGACCGGGCAACGCCCAGGAGCACUACGUCAAGGCCGCCAUCGCCGGUGCCAUCGCCGUCGGCGCCUACAAGAUGCUCCGCGAGGAUGAGGAUCGGGAACGCGAGCGCGGCGGCAAACGUCACCAUCGAGACGGCAGCGCCGACGGCAGCUCCGACGGCGGCCAAGGUUCGGCGAGCCCCCGGCGCCACCACGGCACCCGUCGCGAGAGUCACGGCAGGGACCUCACGGCCGAGGCGAUCGGCGCGUACGCCAUCGGCCGGCAGAUGAUGGGGCACGACGACCACGCGAUCCUCAAGCUCGUCGCCGAGGGGCUCGGGGCCGCCGCCUUGGCCAGGGAGGUGGACAAGGACUUGGUGGAAUAG